AUGACUUAUUUUGGCAAUGUUAGUAGUUUCUUCCUUCACACUUGGAAUCCUAAUGGAAUUAGACACCGUGUUAAAUACCUUAUAGCCAACUGUUGGCAGGGAAAAUGCAAAAAGUGGCUGAAGGUGCUGGGAGAACUGGCUGUUGGACUAGAACGUGCUGCCACCCUCUCACUUGUGUUGUUUAAGCUUAGUGCUGAAGAAGCACAGGACUUGGUGUCACGUUUUGCUCAGAACGCUUCACCUUACCGGGAGAGAGCUGCCAGCCACUGUAUGGCUGCUAGCUCUUCCUGGCUGUCUCACAAACUCUUGUUAUAUGCUGAUGCUUUUGCAGUUGGAGGAGGUGUUGUUGUGGAAGAUCAGCCAGAUGUGAGUGCAGUAUUAUCUGCCUACAAUCAACAGGGAGACCCCACGCUCUAUGAAGAAUACUACAGUGGAUUAAAACACUUCAUUGAGUGUUCCUUGGACUGUCACCGAGCAGAACUGUCUCAGCUGUUUUAUCCUCUCUUUGUGCACAUGUACUUGGAAUUGGUCUACAAUCAACAUGAGAGUGAAGCAAAGUCGUUUUUUGAAAGAUUUCAUGGGGAUCAGGAGUGCUAUUACCAGGACGACCUGCGUGUAUUAUCUAGCUUAACCAAAAAAGAACAUAUGAAAGGGAACGAGACCAUGCUGGAUUUCCGAACAAGCAAGUUCGUGCUGCGGAUUUCCCGCGACUCUUAUCAGCUCUUGAAAAGGCAUCUUCAGGAAAAGCAGAACAAUCAGAUCUGGAACAUUGUUCAGGAACACCUUUACAUCGAUAUCUUUGAUGGCAUGCCUCGCAGUAAACAACAGAUAGAUGCUAUGGUUGGAAGUUUGGCUGGGGAGGCAAAACGAGAGGCUAAUAAAGCAAAGGUUUUCUUUGGCUUAUUGAAAGAACCAGAAUUUGAUGUGCCUUUGGAUGAUGAAGAUGAAGAAGGAGAAAAUGAGGAAGGAAAGCCAAAGAAGAAAAAACCUAAAAAAGAUAGUGUAGGGUCAAAAAGUAAAAAGCAAGACCCUAAUGCUCCUCCCCAAAACAGAAUCCCUCUGCCUGAACUGAAAGACUCAGACAAGUUGGAUAGAGUGAUGAAUAUGAAGGAAGCUGCAAGGCGUGUGCGCCUUGGCCCUGAGUGCCUGCCCUCCAUCUGUUUCUACACGUUCCUUAAUGCUUACCAGGGUCUGACUGCAGUGGAUAUUACAGAUGACUCUAGCAUGAUUGUGGGAGGCUUUGCCGACUCUACUGUGCGAGUGUGGUCCGUGACUCCAAAAAAGCUACGUAGUGUGAAAACAGCAGCAGACCUCAGUCUCAUCGACAAAGAAUCAGAUGAUGUCUUGGAGAGGAUCAUGGAUGAGAAAACAGCAAGUGAGUUGAAGAUUUUAUAUGGUCACAGUGGACCUGUCUAUGGCACCAGCUUCAGUCCUGAUAGGUAA